GGGGCGCCGAGCUCCGCCAGCGCCGGAGGCCCCUGCGCGCAGCUCCGGGCGCCGGCAGCCGGGCCGGCCGAGGCGGCGCGGGGGUGGGACGCGGGCGGUCGCAGCAAGCGGCGCUGCCCGGGCCGGGCGCGCACGGCGGGCGCCCUGUGAGCGGCCCCGAUGUGGCAGCAGGCGAUGCGGCGCCGCCGCUACCUGCGGGACCGCGCCGAGGAGGCGGCGGGCGGCGGAGACGGGCUGCCGCGGUCCCGGGACUGGCUCUACGAGUCCUACUACUGCAUGAGCCAGCAGCACCCGCUCAUCGUCUUCCUGCUGCUCAUCGUCAUGGGCGCCUGCCUCGCCCUGCUCGCCGUCUUCUUCGCGCUCGGGCUGGAAGUUGAAGACCAUGUGGCGUUUCUAAUAACAGUUCCGACCGCCCUGGCGAUUUUCUUUGCGAUAUUUAUCCUGGUCUGCAUAGAGUCUGUGUUUAAGAAGCUGCUGCGCCUCUUCUCGUUGGUGAUAUGGAUAUGCCUUGUUGCCAUGGCAUACCUGUUCAUGUGUUUUGGAGGUACCGUCUCUCCCUGGGACCAGGUAUCAUUCUUCCUCUUCAUCAUCUUCGUGGUGUACACCAUGCUGCCCUUCAACAUGCGAGACGCCAUCAUUGCGAGUGUCCUCACCUCCUCCUCCCACACCAUCGUGCUUAGCGUCUGCCUGUCUGCAACGCCGGGAGGCAAGGAGCACCUGGUCUGGCAGAUCCUGGCCAAUGUGAUCAUUUUCAUCUGUGGGAACCUGGCGGGAGCCUACCAUAAGCACCUCAUGGAACUUGCUCUUCAGCAAACAUAUCAGGACACCUGUAAUUGCAUCAAGUCCCGGAUCAAGUUGGAAUUUGAAAAACGUCAACAGGAGCGGCUCCUGCUCUCCCUGCUGCCGGCCCACAUCGCCAUGGAGAUGAAAGCGGAGAUCAUCCAGAGGCUGCAGGGCCCCAAGGCAGGCCAGAUGGAGAACACAAAUAACUUCCACAACCUGUACGUGAAGCGGCAUACCAACGUGAGCAUCUUAUACGCUGACAUUGUUGGCUUUACCCGGCUGGCAAGUGACUGCUCCCCGGGAGAACUAGUUCACAUGCUGAAUGAGCUCUUCGGAAAGUUUGAUCAAAUUGCAAAGGAGAAUGAAUGCAUGAGAAUUAAAAUUUUAGGAGACUGCUACUACUGUGUAUCUGGACUCCCUAUAUCUCUCCCUAACCAUGCCAAGAACUGUGUGAAAAUGGGACUGGACAUGUGUGAAGCCAUAAAGAAAGUGAGGGAUGCUACUGGAGUUGAUAUCAACAUGCGUGUGGGCGUGCAUUCUGGGAACGUCCUGUGUGGCGUGAUUGGUCUGCAGAAGUGGCAGUAUGAUGUGUGGUCACAUGACGUGACCUUGGCCAACCACAUGGAAGCUGGAGGGGUCCCUGGACGUGUUCACAUUUCUUCCGUCACCCUGGAACACUUGAAUGGCGCUUAUAAAGUGGAGGAGGGAGAUGGUGACAUUAGGGACCCAUAUUUAAAACAGCACCUGGUGAAAACCUACUUUGUAAUCAACCCCAAGGGAGAACGACGGAGCCCCCAGCAUCUCUUCAGACCUCGCCACACCCUCGAUGGAGCCAAAAUGAGGGCCUCGGUCCGCAUGACCCGGUACUUGGAGUCCUGGGGGGCAGCCAAGCCCUUUGCACACCUACAUCACAGGGACAGCAUGACCACAGAGAACGGCAAGAUCAGCACCACGGAUGUACCCAUGGGUCAGCAUAAUUUUCAAAAUCGCACCUUAAGAACCAAGUCACAAAAGAAAAGAUUUGAAGAAGAAUUGAAUGAAAGGAUGAUUCAAGCAAUUGAUGGGAUUAAUGCACAAAAGCAAUGGCUCAAGUCUGAAGACAUUCAGAGAAUCUCACUGCUUUUCUAUAACAAAGUACUAGAAAAAGAGUACCGGGCCACGGCACUGCCAGCAUUCAAGUAUUACGUGACUUGUGCCUGCCUCAUAUUCUUCUGUAUCUUCAUUGUGCAGAUUCUCGUGCUGCCAAAAACGUCCGUCCUGGGCAUCUCCUUUGGGGCUGCGUUUCUCUUGCUGGCCUUCAUCCUCUUCGUCUGCUUUGCUGGACAGCUUCUGCAAUGCAGCAAAAAAGCCUCUCCCCUGCUCAUGUGGCUUUUGAAGUCCUCGGGCAUCAUUGCCAACCGCCCCUGGCCACGGAUCUCUCUCACGAUCAUCACCACAACCAUCAUAUUAACCAUGGCCGUGUUCAACAUGUUUUUCCUGAGUGACUCAGAGGAAACAAUCCCUCCAACUGCCAAUGCAACAAACACAAGCUUUUCAGCCUCAAAUAAUCAGGCAGCGAUUCUCCGUGCGCAAAAUUUAUUUUUCCUCCCGUACUUUAUCUACAGCUGUAUUCUGGGACUGAUAUCCUGUUCUGUGUUCCUGCGGGUGAACUACGAGCUGAAGAUGUUGAUCAUGAUGGUGGCGUUGGUGGGCUACAACACCAUCCUACUCCACACCCACGCCCACGUCCUGGGCGACUACAGCCAGGUCUUGUUUGAGAGACCAGGCAUUUGGAAAGACCUGAAGACCAUGGGCUCUGUGUCUCUCUCUAUAUUCUUCAUCACACUGCUUGUUCUAGGUAGACAGAAUGAAUAUUACUGUAGGUUAGACUUCUUAUGGAAGAACAAGUUCAAAAAAGAGCGGGAGGAGAUAGAGACCAUGGAGAACCUGAACCGUGUGCUGCUGGAGAACGUGCUUCCCGCGCACGUCGCUGAGCACUUCCUGGCCAGGAGCCUGAAGAAUGAGGAUCUAUACCACCAGUCCUAUGACUGUGUCUGCGUCAUGUUUGCCUCCAUUCCGGAUUUCAAAGAAUUUUAUACAGAAUCUGACGUGAACAAGGAGGGCUUGGAAUGCCUUCGGCUCCUGAACGAGAUCAUCGCUGACUUUGAUGAUCUUCUUUCCAAGCCAAAAUUCAGUGGAGUUGAAAAGAUUAAGACCAUUGGCAGCACAUACAUGGCAGCAACAGGUCUGAGCGCUGUGCCCAGCCAGGAGCAUGCCCAGGAGCCCGAGCGGCAGUACAUGCACAUUGGCACCAUGGUGGAGUUUGCCUUUGCCCUGGUAGCGAAGCUGGAUGCCAUCAACAAGCACUCCUUCAACGACUUCAAAUUGCGAGUAGGUAUUAACCAUGGACCUGUGAUAGCUGGUGUGAUUGGAGCUCAGAAGCCACAAUAUGAUAUCUGGGGCAACACCGUCAAUGUGGCCAGUAGGAUGGACAGCACCGGAGUCCUGGACAAAAUACAGGUCACGGAGGAGACAAGCCUCGUCCUGCAGACCCUCGGAUACACGUGCACCUGUCGAGGAAUAAUCAACGUGAAAGGAAAGGGGGACCUGAAGACGUACUUUGUAAACACAGAAAUGUCAAGGUCCCUUUCCCAGAGCAAUGUGGCAUCCUGAAGAGUCACCUUCAUUUUGGCAAGAAGACUGUAUUUUCAGGAAGGUAUCACACACUUUCUGACUGCAACUUCUGUCCCUUGUUUUUGAUGUGCGUGCUCUGUCUGUCCUAUGGAGCCUCUGCAGACUCGUUCCCGUGACCCAGUGGCAUACCGUUUGGUGUCUGACGUGUGCCCAGAUCGUUCUGCCACUUGCACUGUGCUUGCUCCUAAGCAAAAGGGAAAAGGAGCGUGCGUGAUAGAAGAAAAGCAUUGAGAGAACUAACAGAGGAGAGAGGUGAAACACACACACAUUCUUAAGGCAAUAAAACUAGGGGGUGUAUAUUAUCUUCUGGUGCAUGUUCUUUUCUGGAAAAUACGGUAGCUCGCCAACCGCAUCUGCUCGUCUGAUAUUCAAACACACAGUAUUCGUGAAUAAGUUGAUUCUGUCCCUCACGUGGAAUCUGUGCUCACCCAUUGUCUCAUUGCCAGUGGUGUCCAAGGGCCCCCGUUGGGACCCAUGGCUCUCGUCCCUCUGCUCCAUGUGUCUCAUGCCAGCAGCACGUUGCCAUCCGUCACCAGAGUUAGUCUUCACAGCCUAGGACCAGUUUUGUACCAAACUCGUCUGAUGUUUUGAUGCCAUUUGUCUUUUGUAAAGUUAAUUCAUUAAAAGUUUUAUGUACUUUGA